GCAUGAUGCCAUCUCAAGGCUCCCAGCAUACCAACUCCAGUGGCUCUACCCAGACAGCCAGCACUCAAACUGGCUCCUACCAGAACGAGCCGCGUACACCCUAUGGUCCGAGAUGUCCACAGGGUAACCAGCCCUCCCGGGAUAGAAGUGUCUCAGCGCUUGCUCACAGAUUCGGGAGUAUGAACCUGCCAAACAACUCUCGUUCCAAGUAUGGUGGCCAUCAUAGUUCUGCGCCCGUUUCAGCCAACCCAACUAUGGACUGGUCGAACGCUAGUCGUGCUUACAACAGUCCUUUUAUUCUUGUCCCCAAUUCCAACGUCUACAAUGGCGUUCCAGGCUCCUUUGUUCCGACCGCUGUCGCUGGCCAGGCAGACCAGAUGGGCCAGUAUCCUUACGCUGCCGGUGGGAUGUAUCCAAAUAUGGGUCCUGUUGUUUCUGGUGGGUACUCAUGGCCCUACCUAAUUAAUUACGACAUGCAGGAUGCCAACAAACAAAUCACAUGGAACGAGGCCCAGAAGGGCACCCAGACGGAAAACACCGGUCAAAUCCAGUACUACCCUUCGAACUACAAUUCUAAUAUGGAUCCUGCCAUGUCUGGAUAUUCCUAUGGAAACUUGAUGUCACAGAUGGGACCGAUCCCACUUCCUCUUCAGAUGAUGAAGACUCCUAACGGAUACGUUAUUCAAGACCUGGAGGUCCUGACCCAGCAAGAUCCCCCCAUUCCACGUGCAGUGCCUGCGAUGUGGACCAACCCAACUGAGUUGACACUUGCCAAAUGCCUGGAGAAUCGUGAGGGAAUCACCAAUGUCUAUAUCCGUGGGUUCCUGCCUGAGACAUCGGACGAGAUGUUACAUGCCUAUGCAGCUCGGUUCGGAAAGAUUGAGCGUUGCAAGGCCAUCGUUGACCUUGACACCAGUUACUGCAAAGGAUUCGGGUUUGUUCAAUACUACAGUUUUGAGUCUUGUGAGAACUGCAUUCGCGGUUUCUUUUACCUUGGCUACCAAGCUAGCUUUGCCCAAAAGUCUCGCAACUCUCGCCUCAAGGACCUGGAAGAUCGUGCUUCUACUAAUAUCUAUUGUACCAACAUCCCCAUCGACUGGACCGAAGCCGACUUGCGUCGACAUUUCGAGCCAUGGCGCGUUGUUUCCGAGAAAAUCAGUCGCGAUGAGAAGACUGGUGUGAGCAAGGAGGUGGGAUUUGCACGCUUCGAAAAUCGUGAUGCCGCCGAGAAGGUACUGAUGGAGUUUCACAAUGUUCCCAAGGGGAAUGGGGCCAAGCUGCUGUUGCGCUUUGCCGACACCAAGGCUCAGAAAAUUCUGAAGCAACAAAGCAACGAGCGUCGAGCCUACCGUGCUGGCGAGUAUAAUUACUCUGUCGAAGUGGUUCAAGGACAAGGAUCUACUCCGUCCCCCUCGAUGUCGCGUGGCCCUCUACUUACGCCCAACUCUCAAGUGAGCUAUAUUUCUCCAGUUGGCGUGGGCUCCAACUGGACACCGGCCACUUCGAUUUCUCCUUGCCACCCAAUCACGAAGAACCCAAACAACUCCCUCUCCUCUCGCAGCCUGAAUGCCCUCGAUAAUACGCCCGAGAUCCGCGGCCGAGGCGUCUCCAAGAGCAGAUGCUCAAUUGCCGACCUUUCUGGUGGUUCUUCAAAGACUAUCAUGCCUGGAUCCCCAGAAAUUGAGCCUCUGAUCUACAUGAGUCCAACUCACAAGGAAAACAUCAGGGCAGAGUCCAUGUCGCCCAUGCCUUCUCGCAUGAGGACUUCUAUUUCUCCCGCCCGUUCAUGCGUUUAG